AUGAAAAAUUACCCCGGACAGCGGCUCAGCCCCACUCAGACCCCCCUGCCCAUCGCCAUCGCCCCGCGGACAAAAGCGUCAGUCUGCGCAUCGAGCUUUCGUUCGGCGCCGCGCCGGGGUCCCGCUGGUGACCACCUCUGUCGCGCUGGCUCCGGCGGAACAACUAGCCUCGCCGCACACACCGCUCUCUUCCUGCUGAGCCCUAGCCGUGGCCGCCCGAGGGCGCCGCCCACCGCGCUGCUGUCGAGCUGGAGCCUUUGUCUCGGCGGUCCCCCACCCCCGGGUCGCGGCGGCGGUUGCGCGGAUGCCGGGCCGCCGGGCGCUGGCUGCACCUGCCGGCUGGUCCCGUGCACCGGCUUUGCGCGGCUUAACCCGGCUCGCUCCUGCUUGUGCCCCCCGCUCGAAGCGCCCCGCGGCCCUUUAUCCUGUGUGGCGAGGGUGCAGGAAAUCUGCAGAGCAGAGGCCUGGGAUUCGGCCGCAUGGGGCACCGUUGCUGAGAGUAGGGUUAUCACCGGGGCUGCGAGGCCUUUAGACGCUCCUGCUAGGUUCCAGAGACAUCGAAUACUCUGGAAACUCCGUGGCUAUCUCGCUUUGCGCGUUAAUGAAGAACUUGGUCUAAAGGCGCGCGCGGGGGCGGGGGAGGGGAGGACCGAGAAAGCCUUCCCGAGCUUGGCGGCACUGGACCACCCACCUGCCCAGCCGCCCCGAGGCACUGCGGCCUUGCGCCCCUAUAGCCCCCCAGAGCCUUCUCACGACCUCCCGCCUAAGCUGGGAGCGGACUUCCCAGCCGCCUGGGCCCUUGCUGCCUCUGAAGCGCCAAGCACAGGGAACAGGGUGAACAGGAGGGACCCCCCAGGGCGCAUGAGGUGCGGGUUUCCGGCCCAGUGCUGUUCUGCACCCCGACUCAGGGCCUUUACCUGUUCCAAAGCCUCGGACAGUCAGACGGAUGCCAGCCGCAGAGAUCGGAGGAGGCCCUGCCGUGCGCGCGCCCCCACAGAGCUGUCCGCAGAGGACCUGGGAGGGGGUGAUGGGGGCGCGCCCGCAGAGCUGAGCCGGGCUGGGCGCCCCCCGAGCCGAGGGGACCGAGGGCUUUCCUCCCUCCUUGGAUUAUUAAAAAGUUCAUUUCCUGGCGAAUCGGUUGUGAUCCUGUAUGCCUGUGUCACGGUUCUGAGGCCCCUGCCCACACUUACCCCUUUUCCCUCUGCUGCAGCCCGUCUCACCGGAGGCCAGAUGUGCCGGCCACACUUGUUGCACAGCCCAGGCUUGCCAUGGCUGGAUGGGGGCAAAGCUGCUCUCUCGGCCGCCGCUGCCCAUCACCACAGCCCUUGGACCGUCAGCCCGUUUUCCAAGACCCCGCUGCACCCCUCAGCUGCUGGAGCACCCGGAGGGCCUCUGUCUGUGUACCCCGGGGCAGCAGGUGGGAGCGGGGGAGGCAGUGGGAGCUCAGUGGCCUCCCUCACCCCCACUGCAGCCCACUCUGGCUCUCAUCUCUUCGGCUUCCCACCCACACCACCCAAAGAAGUGUCUCCAGACCCCAGCACCACGGGAGCCGCUUCCCCAGCCUCAUCUUCUGCAGGGGGUAGUGUAGCCCGGGGUGAGGACAAGGACGGUGUCAAGUACCAAGUGUCACUGUCUGAGAGCAUGAAGAUGGAAGGUGGCAGUCCCCUGCGCCCAGGCCUAGCUACCAUGGGCACUCAGCCUGCAACACAUCACCCAAUCCCUACCUAUCCCUCCUAUGUGCCUGCCUCAGCUCAUGACUAUAGCAGCGGGCUUUUCCAUCCCGGAGGCUUCCUGGGUGGCCCGGCCUCCAGCUUCACCCCUAAGCAGCGAAGCAAGGCGCGCUCCUGCUCAGAAGGCCGGGAGUGCGUCAACUGUGGGGCCACAGCCACCCCUCUCUGGCGACGGGAUGGCACCGGCCACUACCUGUGCAACGCGUGCGGGCUCUACCACAAGAUGAACGGACAGAACCGGCCCCUCAUCAAGCCCAAACGGAGGCUGUCUGCUGCCAGGAGAGCGGGCACCUGUUGUGCAAAUUGUCAGACGACAACCACCACCUUAUGGCGCCGGAACGCCAACGGGGACCCUGUGUGCAACGCCUGUGGCCUCUACUAUAAGCUGCACAAUGUUAACAGGCCACUGACUAUGAAGAAGGAAGGGAUCCAGACCCGGAACCGGAAGAUGUCCAGCAAGUCUAAGAAGAGCAAGAAAGGGGCUGAGUGCUUUGAGGAGCUGUCCAAGUGCAUGCAGGAGAAGUCGUCCCCAUUCAGUGCAGCCGCCCUGGCUGGACACAUGGCACCCGUGGGCCAUCUCCCACCCUUCAGCCACUCUGGACACAUCCUGCCCACGCCAACACCCAUCCACCCCUCCUCCAGUCUCUCCUUCGGUCACCCCCACCCUUCCAGCAUGGUGACUGCCAUGGGCUAGGCAGAGCUUCCCGCUGGACAGACAUGGACAGAGAGAGUGACUGGCAGAACCAGAGUGAGACCGGGCACUCCCAGGAUGGGUGGAACACACUUUUGGCUCCUGCCCAUUCCAAGAGACCCACUUCCUCCUGCCAGCCUCGCCUGGCUGAAGCCACCUCUCCUUGGAGGACUCCCAGUCGUGUGCCACCAUUACUGUGAAUGUUCUUAACUGGGCUACAGCUUGUGUGCCCUGGGUGCUGCCCAGAAAAGUUUUUUUCACGGACAGUUGCUUGGAGAGCAAAAGAGACAGUUCUAGCAAGGAAAGGAGGAGACUCGGAACAGAAAAAUGAAACCAUUUUUUUGGAGGAGCAAGGAGUAGGCAAAAAAAAAAAUAAUAAUAAUUUAUUUUGCUCUUAUUUCUUACAAGAACAUGAAGACAUGGAGGCAUGGGCUCUUUGUGUUCUCUGGGCCCUUCCUUGGGGCCUACUGCCACCAGUCAGGGCUCUGGGGGGCAGACGCACAGGGCCUGGGCCAGAGCCUUCUCCCCAGCUGCCUGGAGGGUAGCCCCUGCCCUGACGCAGCCCUCGAGGCAGAGGGCAGAGACAAUCGCAGGCGGUCCUGCGCAGAUUCCCAGGCCAGGGCUGGGUCACAGGAAGGAAGCAUUCUCUGGAAAGGGGAAACGUCUCCCAGAUCAUUCCCUUGGCUUCGAGAGGCCAAAGCUGGUGUGACCCAAAUGGCCAAACUGCGGCCUGUGCUCUAGGCCAGCUGGACCCCUGUAAAUACAUCCUUUUCUGCUAACCCCUCAACUCCCGCCCACUCUACGAUAAAUAAGAAAAUAUUCAAAACAAAACCCAAACUGCAUAAGCUUAACUCGCUGAUGAGUGGUUUUAUUUUUAAACUCGUUUUGGGUCCAGUCACUUGUACGACGCCACAGAAGCCCCACAAUGAAAAGGAAUAAAACCUGCAAACCACGGCUGAGCUCCACUCUUCUUUCUCGAAUGUUCUUGGAUCCAUGGCCCUAGCAGGAGGCUGGGGAUAAGGGGGAUCUUACGCUCUUGGUUGCUGGGGGACAGGGGGCGGGCAGACUGUGAUUCCCGUAAUUCCUGGGGUGUUCUGUUCCGUUGUGGCUGGCUGGAUCCUUCAAGGUACAGCUGUACAUAAAACACGUCCCAAACUUCGAUUCUGUGUGUGGUGGUGGUGGUGUAGCAGCAGCAAGGGGGCCCUAGCCCGGGAAGGCCAUUGUGCUGAUAGGUCAACUACGUGCAAUACUGGCGUCCAAUUGCUGCAGAGCACCAUAACCGGAAGUAACUUAUUUUGUGCUAGUACCCGCAUAAGAAAAAGAAGCGGCAGUAUUUUGUUUUUAUGUUUUUGGCUUGUUUUAUUUUGAAUUAGUGACCUAAGUUAUUGUUAACUAUGUACAACAUUUAAAUAUUGUCUGUAAAAAUUGUAUGCUACCCUCCUAUUCCUUUAAAGUGAAUACUGUUAAAAAUAAUAAAAUACUUUUUGUGAA